AUCCUUAUUCUAUAUCUCUUGGUAUUUAGUGUAAAAAUGUUUAAAUCUUUACCUAGCAAUCUUGAGGAAGAAACUUGAUAACUGAUAAUACAUGAGACUGUUACUUAAGUGAAAUAUAAUCCUAUGUAUUCAACAAACUGUAGAGAAAUAAGAUAAAUUUUAAAGUAAAUGACUUCUGUAGUUUUAUAGAUCCUCCAAACCAAACUAGUCUCAGAUCUCACCUUCAUCAUUUCUCUCAUUUCCUUUUGGCCUAAUUAAUCAAAAUCCUUCCUAGAAUGUUCAUUUCUGACCAAUAUGUCUUCCUGAAUAUGAAUAAGAAAUAAAAUACCAUUUGAUGUUUGAAAUUAUGGGGGUAAUCUCAAUGAUGGAAAUAGAUGACCAGGAAAAGGGAAACGAAUGCCUGAUUCAUUAUAUUCAUGAAGAUGUCAAAGGUUUAUAAAGCCAAUAUCUGGGAGAGAGAAAACCGUAAGACUUCCGGAUCUCCUCUGGUGAAGUGUGUUUCCCUCAACGAUCACCAACAUGAACAUCAAAGGAUCGCCAUGGAAAGGGUCCCUCCUGCUGCUGCUGGUGUCAAACCUGCUCCUGUGCCAGAACGUGGCCCCCUUGCCCAUCUGUCCUGGUGGGGCUGCCAGAUGCCAGGUGACCCUUCGAGACCUGUUUGACCGCGCAGUUGUCCUGUCCCACUACAUCCAUAACCUCUCCUCAGAAAUGUUCAGCGAAUUCGAUAAACGGUAUACCCAUGGCCGGGGGUUCAUUACCAGGGCCAUCAACAGCUGCCACACUUCUUCCCUUCCCACCCCCGAAGACAAGGAGCAAGCCCAACAGAUGAAUCAAAAAGACUUUCUGAGCCUGAUAGUCAGCAUAUUGCGAUCCUGGAAUGAGCCCCUGUAUCAUCUAGUCACAGAAGUACGUGGUAUGGAAGAAGCCCCGGAGGCUAUCCUAUCCAAAGCCGUAGAGAUUGAGGAGCAAACCAAACGGCUUCUAGAGGGCAUGGAGCUGAUAGUCAGCCAGGUUCAUCCUGAAACCAAAGAAAAUGAGAUCUACCCUGUCUGGACGGGACUUCCAUCCCUGCAGAUGGCUGAUGAAGAGUCUCGCCUUUCUGCUUAUUAUAACCUGCUCCACUGCCUACGCAGGGAUUCACAUAAGAUCGACAAUUAUCUCAAGCUCCUGAAGUGCCGAAUCAUCCACAACAACAACUGCUAAAGCCCACAUCCAUUUCAUCUAUUUCUGAGAAGGUCCUUAAUGAUCCAUCCCAUUGCAAGCUUCUUUUAGUUUUAUCUCUUUUGAAUGCAUGCUUGGGUGUAACAGGUCUCCUCUUAAAAAAUAAAAACUGACUCCUUAGAGACAUCAAAAUCUAAAA